AUGGCGUGGUGGAGUAUGGAUGUGAUGUUCAACACAUGGCACACAGAGCCAAGGCGGAGGUGGCAGACAGAUAAAACUGGCUAUCUCAGAAGCCAAGCCAAGAGCAAGAAAGCAGAGGCAUUUAGACGAAAGCACAAUGUCGACUCGUGCAACUCGCUUCCACCUUAUACCGCAUCCUACCGACUAGCCCUCCUCAGUGCCAUUGCUUUAGCCGACGAUUUACUUUCACACAGUACCGACGUUUUGGGAUACGGCAGUCUUCCUCCCACAUACGAUGAUGCCAUCAACGAUCUACCACCGGAAUACUCAACACUACCUGAACAGGCCGAAGCGAAACCUUCCAGUCCUGAAUCUGCGCCACCCCGACCAUGUCGCAAGUCUUACCAAGACCAGAAGAAAUCACCGGUUUCAUCCUUGAUCGACUUCGACGGUAGUUCUACCUUCCGCCAACAUGGCAAAAAACAGAAAGCGAAAUUAGCGGCGAAAAGUACACCAGCGGGCGGUGCACCUGCUGGCAAUGGCGGCGGUGGAAAAAAGGACGACGAGCCCGCAGGUGGUGGAGACAAAGCAGGGGGUAAUGGGGCUGGCAGCGGAGGUGGAGAUGAUAAUGGCGGCGGCGGAGGAGGUGAUGGUAAUGAGGAACCUUGGGACGAUUUCACGACCAGCACCAGCAAGAAGAAGAAAAGCAAGAAGAAGGAGGAGGAAGAGGAAAGGAAGAAAAAGGAGGAAGAAGCGGCAGCCGCUAAUUCGGGUGGCAACAACCUCAGUUGGGCGGACGAUCUCGAGGGUGGAAACGGGGAUGAUACAUGGGCUGGGUUUACUUCGGUGUCAAAAAAUGACAAGAAGAAAAAGGACCUGCUUGGCUCAGACUCGGCUGAUGGCCAGAACAACAAUUUUCAAGAAAUUAACUUGGACGACGGCGCUCCCCAACUCGACCUGAGUUUCGAUUCGACCAAAGGUGCACCAGGCGGAGGCGGUAUUAGCUUCGGAGGUUGGGGAAAAGAUUGGAAUACUGGUGGCAACAAAUGGGGUCUCAAUUCACUCGACAAUAACUCUAAUCCUGCGGCCAAGGAACAGCCAGUCAAGGAGGAUAACCCUUGGAGCGUUGGGGGUUUGAAGAAGACAAAAAAGACGACAUCCUCGGGUUUCGACUUCGGGGACCUCGGUGCCCCUGGUGGUGGCGAUCUUGGCGGUUCAAAGGAGAAGAACGAAGAUGACGGCUGGGGCUCUCUCGUGGGCAAGAAAGAUAAGAAGAAGAAAGGUGCUAUCGAGGAGCUCGGACCAGAGCCAGGAUCUGCUGAUAACUGGGGACCAUGGGGAGAAAAAAAUACAAAGGAGGACCCAGUCCCUGCAGCUGAUUCAAGCCCAGGUAGUCAGGAUGUGUGGUCCCCUUGGUCGAAGGAUAAGAAAAAGAAAGGCACCAAAGGAGUUGAGAGCGCAAAGCCAGCUGAGACUGACGACAUUUGGGCUGCGCUGACCAAAACUAGCAGCAAGAAAGAGACUCUCGAGCCACCUGCACCCGAACCAGUCAUUGACAACGUUUGGGCUGUCCCCGCAAAGAAAGACAAGAAAAAGUCAACGAAAAAGGGGUUGGAUCCUGAGCCAGCACCGGGCAACACCGAUGAUGCCUGGGCUGCUUUUGAAUCUAAAGACAAGAAAGACGUGAACGAGACUGCCGAAACUGAAGAAUCUGGAUGGGGCUGGGGGCUUUCUUCGAAGAAGAAAGAUAAAGCCAAAGCAGAGGAGCCUGCUGCGGACGUGGGUGGUGACAAGGACUGGUUCGGCGGGUGGACUACCGGUAAAAAGAAAAACGGUCUUCUGAGUGAUAUCGCUUCAUUCGUCACUGAUCGUGCACCGGAACCAGAACCUGCGCCGGAGCCUCCCAAGAAUCAUGAGUUUUGGGACGACUGGGACACAUUGACACCACUGCAACGCAGGAAAAAGGAGAGGGAAGCCACCAAGAAGGGAAUACCAGCUCGCAUAGAGAUACCGGAUCCGGUUCCUGAGCCCGAACCCGAACCUGAACCUGAACCCGAGCCUGAGCCCGAGCCUCCUAAGAAUCAUGAGUUUUGGGACGACUGGGACACAUUGACGCCACUACAACGCAGGAAAAAGGAGAGGGAAGCCACCAAGAAGGGAAUCCCGGCUCGUAUAGAGAUACCAGAUCCAAUCCCCGAACCCGAGCCCGAGCCCGAGCCUGAACCUGUCCCUGAACCUGAACCCGAACCUGAGAAACCGAAAAACCAUGAGUUUUGGGAUGGGUGGGAUUUAUGGACGCCUGCGAUGCGUAGGAAGAAAGAGAAGGAAGCUAUCAAGAAGAAUAUACCGGCUCGCAUUGAACUUCCUCCUGAACCGGAGCCGGAACCAGAACCAGAGCCUGAGCCUGAGCCUGAGCCUGAGCCUGAGCCUGAGCCUGAGCCUGAGCCUGAACCCGAACCUGAGAAACCGAAAAACCAUGAGUUUUGGGACGGGUGGGAUUUAUGGACGCCUGCAAUGCAGAAGAGGAAAGAGAAAGAAGCUGUCAAGAAAGGCAUACCGGCCCGUAUCGAGAUUCUCCCUGAACCAGAACCAGAACCCGAGCCGGAGCCUGAGCCGGAGCCCGAACCCGAACCUGAGAAACCAAAAAACCAUAAAUUCUGGGAUGGGUGGGAUGGCUGGUCUUCCUCACAACGCAAGAAAAAGGAAAGGGAAGCAAUCAAAAUGGGUAUACCAGCUCGCAUGGAGAUUCCUCCUGAACCAGAACCUGAACCAGAGCCUGAGCCUGAGCCUGUACCUGAGCCUGUACCUGAGCCUGAGAAACCGAAAAAUCAUGAGUUCUGGGAUGGGUGGGAUGGCUGGUCUUCCUCACAACGUAAGAAAAAGGAAAGGGAAGCCAUCAAGAUGGGUAUACCAGCUCGCAUGGAGAUUCCUCCUGAACCAGAACCUGAACCAGAACCUGAGCCUGUACCCGAACCUGAGAAACCAAAAAAUCAUGAGUUCUGGGAUGGGUGGGAUGGCUGGUCUUCCUCACAACGCAAGAAAAAGGAAAGGGAAGCAAUCAAGAUGGGUAUACCAGCUCGCAUGGAGAUUCCUCCUGAACCAGAACCAGAACCUGAACCAGAGCCUGAGCCUGAGCCUGUACCUGAGCCUGUACCUGAGCCUGAGAAACCGAAAAAUCAUGAGUUCUGGGAUGGGUGGGAUGGCUGGUCUUCCUCACAACGUAAGAAAAAGGAAAGGGAAGCAAUCAAGAUGGGUAUACCAGCUCGCAUGGAGAUUCCUCCUGAACCAGAACCAGAACCUGAACCAGAGCCUGAGCCUGAGCCUGUACCUGAACCUGAACCUGAGCCAGAGAAGCUGAAAAACCACGAGUUCUGGGAUGGGGAAGCUAUAAAGAUGGGUAUCCCUGCGCGAAUCGAGAUUCCACCAGAACCUGAGCCUGAACCUGAGCUUGAACCUGAGCCAGAGCCAAUCCGCAAUCAUGAGUUUUGGGAUGGAUGGAAUGACUGGUCUUCUUCGCAACGCAAGAAAAAGGAAAAGGAGGCUAUAAAGAUGGGUAUCCCUGCGCGAAUCGAAAUCUCACCAGAACCUGAGCCUGAGCCAGAGCCGGAGCCCGAACCUGAGCCGAUCCGUAAUCAUGAGUUUUGGGAUGGAUGGGAUGGCUGGUCUUCUUCGCAACGCAAGAAAAAGGAAAAAGAAGCUAUAAAGAUGGGUAUCCCUGCGCGAAUCGAGAUUACACCUGAGCCAGAACCUGAGCCGGAACCAGCGCCUUUUAAAAACCACGAGUUUUGGGACGACUGGGAGAAAUGGUCAUCCAAAGAGCGCAAGAAGAAGGAGAAAGAGGCAGACCAAAAGGGAAUACCACCACGACAAGAGAUACCUGUUGUUCCUGACCCAGAGCCUGAGCUUAUUGAACCCGAACCUGAGCCGGAGCCAGAACCAGAGCCAGAACCAGAACCAGUGCCAAAGAACCACAAAUUCUGGGAUGGAUGGGAUAUUUGGUCUUCUAAAGAACGCAAGAAAAAAGAAAAGGAGGCCAAUGCAAAAGGAAUCCCACCACGAAUCGAGCGUCCACCGGAACCGGAACCGGAACCGGAACCAGAGCCUGAGCCAGAACCUGAACCUGAACCUGAGCCGAUCCACAACCAUGAGUUCUGGGAUGGAUGGGACGAUUGGAGUUCUAAAGACCGCAAGAGGAAGGAAAAAGAAGCCAAAUUAAAAGGAAUUCCACCUCGAAGAGAACUCCCUAUCGUCGAGAUCCCCCCCGAGGCACCCGAGGUCCCAAGCAUGGAACCUGAAGCGAUUGUAGAGGAUCCAAAGGAUGAUUUCUGGGCUGGAUGGGAUACAUGGACGUCCUCAGAACGGAAGAGGAAAGAAAAGGAAGCGAAGAAGAAAGGAAUUCCAGCGCGCGGGGAAGCUCCAGUUAUGGAUUCACUGCUCGAAGCUCCACCUCCUCCUGCUCCUACUCCUCCUGCUCAAGGACUUACGCCAGAGCCAGAAUUGGAUGAUCUUCUAGAUGACGAUCCUUGGGGUGGUUUCACUACUAAGACGACCAAAUCCAAGAAAGGCGUUCUUUCAAAGGCGGCGAAACUCGAGGAUACCAAACCUGUAGUCGAAGAGACUCCUGCCAAAACAGUAAGAGGUUUCUGGUCAUCUUUCGGUACUACGGCGACUACAAAGACCAAAGCAAAAGAAGAGAAGCCGAAGGAAAGUCCUCUCGAAGAUCUCCUUAUAGAUGUUGAAGCCGCCCCAGAAGCGCCAGAAGCACCCUUAUUGGAUGACCUAAUCGCGCCAGCCGCACCCCCGCCCAAAGCCACGUCCAAGGUGACAAGUAAGUCGACCGGUAGACUCUCUGUUGCUGAGCGCAUCGAGGCCCUGGAAAAGCAGAAGCGAGAAAAGAGAGAACGAGAGAAGAACCCUACCAAAGAGCUACUAGUUGAGGAAGAAGCUCCUCCACCUCCACCCCCCGAGCCUGUCCCCGAAGACCCGCCACCGAAAAAGAGCGCCAAGGCGAAGUUGAUGAAGUCGUCGACAAGUAGGAAAGAAGUACUCAGGCAACCAACACCAGAGCCGCUGGAAGAAAAGAUCUCACGCGAUUCCAUUCCGGGCAGCUUUCCAGAACCUGAACCUGAACCUGAACCUGAGCCAGAACCGGAGCCGGAGCCGGUGGCCCCACCUGAGCCAGAGAAACCGUCCAAAAAGAGUAAGAAAUCGACCGGUUUGAAGAAGUCCAAAGCCGCAAAACGUGAACCUUCUCCUAAGCCGAUGGAAGAACCUCUCGUGGAUAUUUCACCGGCAGAAGAUCCUGCCACCGAAGACGUCACCGUCGAUCCCAGCCCUCCUACGCCACCUCCUGAGCCGUCGACCAAGUCCUCCAAGAAAGAGCGUACAAAGAUUGAUCGCACUACAGGGGGUUCAUGGGCACUCUGGGGUGCGACACCGCCGCCCAAGAAGUCUGCGAAAAAAUCAAGCCGAGCAGAGAAAGACAGCCAACCGCCUCCUCCAGAAGAAGCUUCGGAAGAGCCAAGAUCGAAGCCAGAGCCAGCAAGACGCCGUAAAGUGCGCGAGUCCCAAAAUGAGACAGAAAAGUCAUCAUCAUCCGACAAAGACAAGAACUCGGAGAGCAAGCGUUCUGGCCGAGCUGGUACGGGUUUCUCUAAUUUCAUUCUUGGUGGCGCGCCGCCUCCUUCCAAAGCCAAACCGGUUCGGAAAUCAGGCCCUUCGCAACCGGUAUCUAGACGCCAAUCAGUCGAUGUUGAAGACUCUGGACUCAUUUCCCCACCUCCCGACGACAAGCCAGAAAUAUCUGAUAAAGCCGCCAAAUUGAUGGGUAUCAAGCCAUCCAAAAGUGGACGGGAGAGAUCUGGAACGAAGAAGCGACGGAGUGUUCGCGAUCCUUACGCAAUCGAUGUUGAAGAUGAAGACCUCGUCAUGGUAGAUGGUGAAGCCGAGACUGAGAACGCCGAAGAACCCAAGCGCCCCAAAUCAAAGUCCAAGCGAAUACCUAAGGACAAGGGCAUUGAAGAGGACCCCGUCAUAGUCGACGCUGAACAGAGUCCACCCAGUGCCGAAGUUGUCUCCGGUCCAGAUGAUCUGGCAUUUGUUGAGCCAGCUUCUAAGGAAUCUCGGGAACGUCGUUCGAGAAAGUCGGCGGCCCCUGCCCCAAAGAAACCCGAAGGCGGAGGUUUGAUGAGCUUGUUUGGUUCGUUAAGGAAGCCGACCCGACCAGAUCGACCAGAUCCUCAGCGACGCAAAUCUCGAACUCGUCGCGAAGAUAACACGGAGACAGAGAGGGAGGAUAAACGUGUCAAGCGUGAACGACGUCGAUCCGUGAAACCAGAUACUGAUGUUGAAGGCUUUACUACCGAUGCUGGUCCUGUCAUCGGGGAUGCUGAGGCAACGGACGCCGAGGCUCGCAAAGCAGAACGUAGAGCACGUCGAAAGGCAGCCGAGGAAAAGGCUCGUGAAGCUGAGGUUAAAGAAGCGGAAGAACGCCGGGUUCGCAAAGAAAGGGCGCGGGAGCAACGUGAGAAGCGCCUUCGUGAGGAAGAGGAACGGGAAGCGCAACGCCGUGAAGAGAAACGAGCCCGACGUGCAGCACGUGAGGAGCGACGCGCCAAAGAGGAGCAAGAAGCACAGGAAGCCAACUUGCGUGCCGAAGAAAAGGCAGCUGAGCGACGUGAAAAACGACGAACUCGUGAUGCCGGAGAUAUGAAUGGAGGAGUAUCCAGACGUGUUUCCAAAUCAGAGCGACGUCGCCCAGAACGCCGUCAAGAAGAAGAUCCUGCAAAGAGAGAGGAACCUCCUCGACCUUCUCGCCGCAAAUCAGUAGCACCAGAACCAGCAGAGCCACCGCGUUAUGGAGUACCUGGCAAAGAGAAAACAUCCUCGUGGGUCAACUCCCAGGUCAUGGACCCUCCUGAGGCUCCUCCUAUUGUUCCAACUGUUUUGGACAUGCCUCCUGGCGGCGAGAACGGCUACGCGAAUUCUCUAUCUUCCGAUGAGGAAGCAAGACGCAGGAUACGUCGCCAGGCACGUCGGCGUUCCAAGUAUCCUGGUAUGACCGACGAAGAAACCGGAGACAUGCGCACUGGACGUGGAGAAGGUCGGAGAGGUAUAAAGAGUAGCUCUGGAAGUGGCGAUUAUGAGCGCAGCAGACCUCGAGAGGUCCCAACACGCGCACCCAGUUCCAAGAGGACAAGUUGGUUCAAAAAAUUGACAACUCUGUGA